UUUUUUUUUUUUUUCUUUGAUUCCCUCUGUUUAUUAUUUUUAUCUUUAUUUUUUUUUCCCUUUCUUACAUAAUAAUCAUCAUGGACACUUUGAAACAUUCGGAUAUCUUUAGUAGAAUUCAACCUCAUGAAUAUAUGCGUCGAUUUAUUGAUCAACAAGUAAGACCUGAUGGACGAUUAUUGGAUAGAUUUAGAGAUACUUUGGUUACUUCCAAUGUGAUCUCUACCGCGAAUGCCAGUAGUAUGGUACGUUUAGGUGGUACUACCGUGGUAUGCGGAAUCAAAGCUGAAGUGUGUGAACCUAAUCUCGAUCUUCCCGAUCAAGGCUUCUUAGUACCUAAUGUGGAACUAUCUCCUUUAUGUUCUGCCAAAUUUCGUCCUGGUGCUCCUUCUGAACAAGCUCAAGUUGUAUCUGAAAUCAUUCAUCAAUUAUUCUCAAAUUCACAUAUCCUCCCUUUGACAAAUUUAUGUAUUGAAGUUGGUAAGGCAGUAUGGGUUCUUUAUGCAGACAUGGUAUGUUUGAAUUAUGAUGGGAAUAUAUUGGAUGCAAGUCUCUUGGCUUUGGUAACAGCUCUUCGACAAGUGACCUUACCAAAAACUGAAAUAGCGACAGAUACCAUGACAGCAGAAGCUGAUUCUAACGAAAAAGUGCAUCCUUUCGACAUGAUUCAACGAUAUCCAGUAUCGGCUUCCUAUUGUUUAUUCCCUUCAUCUGACGCAUUAUUAUCGGAUCCCAAUGAUACUGAAGAAGGUUUAUCCAAAGAUAGAGUGACGGUGGUGAUGGAUACUGAUGGUGAUUUACUACAUGUUUACAAGAAUGGGGCUACCAGUCUAGAUGUGGAUACGAUGAAAAUUUGUUUUGAUAGAACUAGGAAACGAAUGGAACAGAUUAGACAUGAUUUUUUACAAUAAAAAUUUUCUUUGUUUGAAAUGCUUGGGUGUGUGAAAAACCAUAUCUGUAAAAAAUGUGGGGAAAAAAAAAAGAUAAUGUAUCUAUGUGUGGGAAAUUCGGGUUCAAAUAAGUAAACAUGCUUCUUCAUUUUAUCAAAAGGAUAGUUGACAUCCGAUGAUCCUAAAAGGCAACUUUUACUUCAUCAGGUCAUCCAAGAUAGUCUAUGAUAAAAACCUAUUCUAUC